AUUUUCUUAUUGUUGUGAAAGCUAAAGGAAAGGCAGGUGCAUACGAGGGGCGGGACGGCAACUGGGUAGUCCAGACCAAGACCCAGGCCCAAGUGGAGGGAGGGCUCGAGAGGCAGCAACUAAAUAUAGAGCACUCCUCGUCAUCAGCUCAAGACCUGCCAUGGAAAAUAUAAAAAAUGAAUUAGAAGAAGGAUGCCUAGAGGCUGGGAAUUCACCUGAAGUUCAUGAAACACUCAGCCUAAAAUCUGGAUCUUCAGAUGAUGAAUCCUUAAGAUCAAGAACUUCAAUUAAACAAUACCUACAGCAGUAUUUGCGUUCCACUCCUUGUCAGGUAUUACUGGUUGGCUUAGUGAUUGUAGACACACUGCUGGUCAUCACAGAGUUGAUGUUGGAUCUAGCAUUGAAGGAUCCAGAGUCACCUCUACCAUUUGUCUUCCACGCAUUGUCCUUGAGUGUGAUGAGUAUUUUCAUGGUGGAAAUUGCACUCAAGAUUUAUGCAUAUCAGUUGGAAUUUUUUACUCACAAGGGAGAUGUGUUUGAUGCAGUUGUUGUAAUCGUGUGUUUUUGUCUGGAUGCUGUCUAUCUUCACUCCCAUGAUGCUCAUGCUGGUGCCGGUUUUAUGAUUGUGCUGCGACUUUGGAGAGUUGUUCACAUUCAGCGUGCUAUUGUAUCACAGAUAAAAUCAUCAGGAGACAAAAAAUUGGUGCAAGAAAAAGAGAAGAGGUAUCAAGUAGAACAGGAAAUUGAGAGAUGGCGUACCAGUGGCUAUGCUCAGGAGGCAUAUAUAAAGCAUCUUCAAGAGCUACUGAAGGAAAACAAUAUUUCAUAUACAGAAUACAGAAGCCCUCCUGACAGUACAAGGCAGCUUGCUGUUGAGGUGACUUCAGAGUAAGAAAAUGACUUCAAAUGGUCAGCUAAUACCAUCACCAAAUUCAAAGAGUACAAAAAAUGGUCUGCUGGUACCUUCUGUGAAGGACUCAUAUCAGAUCAAAAAAGAUAAUAAGUCAAAGUAAGUGAAUUUUAUUGCAGUAUAUUAUAUCAUGAGGUAUUUUUAUAUGAAUAGAAUAUAUACAUUUUUGUCAUGCAGUUAAUCUUGUAACUUCAAUUCUAGUACAGCUCAGAAUUUUUAUUUAACCAGUAUGUACUUUUUAAUAUACAGAAGACUAGAAACAUACUGAGAACAUAUCUUUUUAAUUUUUACAUCUAUAAAAUUUAUCUGUUUGCCAGUUAAUCAUAAUGGAAAGGUUCUCCAUGUUAUUAUAUUCAUAUAUUUCAGCCUUGCAAAUUCCUGUCUUCUUGUUUUUAUUACUCUCUCUCUCUCUCUCUCUCUCUCUCUCUCUCUCUCUCUCUCUCUCUCUCUCUCUCUCUCUCUCUCUCUCUCUCUCUCUCUCUCUCUCUCUCUCUCUCUCUCUCUCUCUCUGUCAGUUAUUCUUUUCUUGUUACUCUUUAAGGAACAUUUUUGUUACACUUAUAGCAUUUUUUUCUUAUUUAUAUAUACAUAUCUUUGUUUCUUAUCUAUCUUGUUUUCUUCCUUUCUCUCAAGAGAUUAUUCUCAGGGUGCUGCAUUUGACUGACUACAUGUGCCAUUACACAGCUCAUCCCUUUAUCACUGUCAGACUUGUCAACUCUUCAUAUCCAUUACUAUUACUGUUAAUGCUUAUUUUCUUCACACUGCAGGCAUCCUUUAGUAAAAUCAUGAUAUUUUCUUGAAUUCUAAAUAUUUAAAUCUCAUUAUAAUAAUGUCAGAGUCUCACAUAUGCUUAAUGUUAGUGUUACAAGUUUUUUGUGCUUUUAUGGAUCUUUUGUUACCAUAUAUGUAUUUUUUUUAUUUUUCUUAGCUCUUGGUUGUUGUAGUAUUUAUUCAUAUUAUUGUAAACAGAUACAUGUAAUUUUGGAUGUGGCUCUUACCAAUCAUGGAUUACAACUAAAGUGUGGAAAGUACCUAAUUGUGUUGUCAGGUAUGACUACUAUAAUAUAUUAUUGCAUUUUUACUGCAGUAUUAUAGAUACCUUUUUAUUUUGCAUUAGUAUAAGAGCCAGAUAUGAAUAGGCAAGUUUUUAUGGGUUAGUGGUCUUGACACUCAAGUGGUCAUGGGUUGAAUUUCUGGGCUGGAUGGAGACAAAAUGGGUUUAUCUCCUGAAACUCUGUAACCUUUAUUUAUGUAACAGUGAAAAGGUAUAAUAAUAUGUAAGUCAUGAUUUUGUAAAAUUGCAUCCCAACAGGAGUAUAAGUCUAGCAGUCCUGCUCUCCUUUGUGUGUAUAUAAUGUGUGCUUGCUGUGAGAGCCCAGGAAUGUUUGGGCCUCACCCUAAGGUUUGAAAAAAGAUGCAGUAAUGUAUGUAUGCAUGUAUGGUUUGUUAUAUGAAAUUUCAAUAAUUUUCAGGCAGCUCUGCUGUGUGAGGAUACUUGUAUAUUGCAUAACGGAUAUACAUGUUUGGAUCAAAAUGCACUUUUCAUUGCAUUGAGUAGAUAUCACUUGACAGAAAGAAAAGUAAUAAUUGGUUUAUCUUUUUAUGUUAUAGAAUUUUAUACAGUUGCAAAAAUAACUAGAACAUUUUUGUCAAAAUUAUGCUUAGGAACAAUUGCAGACUAAUUUGGUACUGUUGUAAUCUAUGUGUUCAUAUAAUCAUAAGUCUAAAACAUUGAUUUGUCUUAGGCAUUUUCUGUAGUUUUCACAACAUUUUU